AUGGCUGAAGUUGUGCGUAUCGCCACACAAAUCCCCACCUCGCACGCAGAUGCCUCCUCAGUCGGGGAGGCCAAUCUGAAACCUCCUGCACCUCGCCCCACAAGCAGGAAGAAUUCAGACAUGACUGACACAUCAUCUCCUCUCUUACAGGAACAACCUCAAUCGAUUCCUCACCGAAAACCUCGCAAAUCGGUCGCAUUCAGCGGCGACAGCACCAUCAUGGAUGAAAAUGGCGAGAUUUCAGAGGCGCCUCUGUCCGGCUCAGAGGACAAGGUCACAGCAGAGAAACACUCAUCACCGCCCGAUGACCAAGCCGUCGAUGAGAUGACAGACAUGUUCGCAGGUCUAAACAAGAAAAAGAAGAAAUCGACCAAGACGAAAACCGAGGACAAGGAGGAUGGCGAGGCUGCCGCGCCUGGUGCCGGCGCCGACGGCGACUUUGACGCCUCCAUCCUGAAGAAGAAGAAAAAGAAGACAACCAAACCCAAAACCGAGGGAGAGGACUUUGCCGAGAAACUCGCUCGCGCCGGCCUUGCCGAUGCAACAAACGAAGAAAAAGAGGAAGCUGCAGUACAGGAACAAUCGGGGGAUAUGACCCAGGGAACCGGAAUUUGGGCUCACGACGCAACCUCCCCGAUCUCGUACGAGCUCCUCCUCAAGAGAUUCUUCUAUCUCGUCAACGAACAUAACCCGGACAUCCUGUCCUCUGGAAGCAAAUCAUACAAGAUCCCACCCCCUCAAUGUCUAAGGGAAGGGAACAAGAAGACCAUCUUCGCCAACAUCGCCGAGAUCUGCAAGAGGAUGAACCGAAACGACGAGCACGUCACCCAAUUCCUGUUCGCCGAACUCGGCACGAGCGGCUCCGUCGACGGGUCCAAGAGACUGGUCAUCAAGGGCAGAUUCCAACAGAAACAGAUCGAGAACGUCCUGAGACGGUAUAUCGUCGAAUACGUGACCUGCAAGACCUGCCGAUCCCCCAACACCGAGCUGAGCAAGGGCGAGAACCGGCUGUACUUUGUCACGUGUAAGUCAUGUGGCAGUAGGCGGUCGGUCACGGCUAUCAAGAGCGGUUUCACGGCUCAAGUGGGCAAGAGAAAGAGGCUCAAUGGAUAA